UUACUAUAUGUAAUUCAUAAUCGUUUUAAUUCUCCUUUACAUUGUUCUACGUUCUUGAUUGUGCACAUCCAACUUUCAAGAACCAGAGGAGUUUUCUCAGAUCUAGCGAGAUAGAAUAUUUCAAUUAAAAUAAAAAAUGAGUAAAGAAGAGUUUAUGAAGAUACAGACUUGUGUUCUUAAAGUGAAUAUUCACUGUGAUGGUUGUAAGCAGAAAGUGAAGAAAAUCUUGCAGAAGAUUGAAGGUGUUUUCACGACAAAGAUAGACGCAGAGCAAGGGAAAGUGACAGUAUCUGGAAACGUAGACCCUUCGGUACUGAUCAAGAAGCUCUUGAAAUCUGGUAAACAUGCCGAAAUCUGGGGAGCUCCAAAGGCAAACAACACCAAUCAGAACCAACCCAACUUGGCUAAUCAGCUCAAAGGCAUGCAGAUUGACCACGGCGGCAAAGGUGGCGGCGGUGGAAACAAUAAUAAAGGCCAGAAGGGAGGUUGUGGAGGUGGAGGUGGUGGUGGUGGAGGAGGCGGUGGAGGUGGCGCACCGCCACCGAAGAUGAUUCUUCCACAGUUAACACCACAACAGAUGCAACAGCUGAAUCCUCAGCAACUUCAGCAGCUUCAACAGCUUCAGCAGAUGAAAGCGUUUCAAGAUCUGAAGCUUCCUCCUCCUCAGUUGAAGGGUCCCGGCCCUGGCUCUGUUCCUAUGAACAAGAACUCUCAGAAUCCUAAUCAAAAGGCUGUGAAGUUUGAUGUUCCUGAAGAAGAUGACGACGAUUUCAGUGAUGAUGACGAGUUUGAUGAUGAUGAGUUCGAUGAUGACAACGAGUUUGAUGAUGAGUUGGACGAUGACGAGUUUGACGACCGCCCUCCGCCUAACAAGAUGAAGCCUAUGAUGGGUGGUGGUGGAGGUAACAUGAUGAUGCCUAAUAACAUGAUGAUGAUGCCUAACAUGAUGAUGAUGCCCAACGCUCAGAAAAACGGCGGUGGUGGUCCUGGACCCGCCGGUGGCAAAAUUGUGGGUAAAGGAGGCCCCGGUGGUGUUCCUUUUCCUGUUCAAAUGCCUGGCGGCGGCGGAGGUAAUGGUGGUAUGAAGGGAGGUCUCCCCGGUGGUGGUGGCGGUAAUGUGGGGAAUCCAAAUCAAGGCGGAGGAAAGAACGGCGGUAAAAAUGGUGGUGGUGGUGGUCAUCCGUUAGAUGUAAAAAAUGGCGGAGGUGGUGGAGGUCCUAGCGGUAAUAAUAAAGGAGGAGGCCAGAUGAUAGGUGGUCCCAACGGAGGCAAAAAGGGUGGUGCUGGUGGUGGCGGAGGAGGACCCAUGGGUGGAGGACUCCCGCCGGGUUUCCGACCAAUUGGAGGUGGCAAUGGCGGACCUCCGACCAUGAAUAUGCCAAUGGGUAGUCUGCCAUCAAUGGGUGGUGGUUCUGGUCCAAUGGGUAAUAAUAUGCAAGCGGUUCAAGGAUUACCUGCGAUGGGUCCAGGAGGUGGCGGUGGUGGCUCAGCUGCAGGUGCCCCACCAGGAUAUUUCCAAGGUCACGGUGGCGCUGGAGGCGGCCAAGAUUCAAUGCCAGGAAAUCCCUACUUACAGCAGCAGCAGCAACAACAACAACAACAAUACUUAACGGCGGUUAUGAACCAGCAACGUGCAAUGGGAAACGAGCGGUUCCAACCGAUGAUGUACGCUCGACCACCACCCGAUGUCAACUAUUUGCCACCUCAACCGCACCAACAACAUCCUUACUCGUACCCGUAUCCAUACCCUUAUCCUCCUCAUGGUGGUGAUCAGUACUCUAAUUAUUUCAAUGAUGAGAACACAUCAAGCUGCAAUAUUAUGUGAGCAAACAAAAAAAAAAACAAAGCUUCCAUGGUUUGUCUAUCCUUCUCGUCUGUGAUUAUACAUGGAAAUGGGGUUUCCCUUAAUUAUUUGGGGUUGUUAGAAUC